AGAGCUGUUCUCGUACUUCAAAUAUUUAUAGCCCUUAGCUUCUUCAAGUUCAAACACACCCACCAUCUGAUUCAUCAUCAUAUUUCAUAUCCUUCUUAAUUAGGAGCCAUGUCUAGCAAAGCUGGUCAGGUCAUCAAGUGCAAAGCUGCGGUGGCGUGGGAAGCAUGCAAGCCACUAGUGAUUGAAGAAAUAGAGGUAGCUCCACCACAGGCUGGUGAAGUUCGUUUGAAGAUCCUCUACACCUCCCUUUGUCGUUCUGAUGUUAACUACUGGGACUGCAAGGGCCAUACUUCGAUUUUUCCCCGUAUACUUGGUCACGAAGCUGCAGGGAUUGUGGAGAGCAUAGGAGAGGGUGUGACUCAUCUCAAACCAGGAGAUCAUGCACUCCCUGUAUUCACUGGAGAGUGUGGGGAAUGCCCACAUUGUAAGUCUGAAGAGAGCAACAUGUGUGAACUGCUAAGGGUCAGCGUUACUAGGGGUGUUAUGCUCAAUGACGGUAAGACAAGAUUCUCCAAAAAUGGACAGCCCAUAUACCACUUUGUGGGAACCUCUACAUUUAGUGAAUACACUGUUGUCCAUGCUAAAUGUGUUGCAAAGAUCAACCCUGCUGCCCCACUUGACAAAGUUUGUAUUCUCAGUUGCGGAUUCUGCACAGGAUUUGGUGCUACUGUAAACGUGGCAAAACCGAAGCCUGGUUCUUCUGUAGCUAUAUUUGGAUUGGGAGCUGUUGGCCUUGCUGCUGCUGAAGGGGCUAGGAUAUCUGGUGCUUCUAGAAUCAUUGGGGUUGAUUUAAUUUCCAGCCGAUUUGAACAAGCCAAAAAUUUUGGAGUCACUGACUUUGUGAACCCAAAAGAUCAUGACAAACCUGUACAACAGGUAAUUGUUGAAAUGACUAACGGAGGAGUUGACCGUGCACUUGAAUGUACUGGAAACGUCGAAGCCUCGAUAGCAGCAUUUGAAUGUGUUCAUGAUGGUUGGGGUGUAGCUGUACUUGUUGGUCUGCCAAAAGAUGAUGCUGUUUUCAAAACUCACCCUUCGAAUUUCUUAUUUGAGAGGACCAUUAAGGGUACCUUCUAUGGAAACUACAAACCGCUCACUGAUCUUCCAUCUGUUGUGGAGAAGUACAUGAACAAGGAGCUAGAACUGGAGAAAUUCAUCACUCACUCAGUUCCAUUUUCGGAGAUUAACAAAUCAUUUGAAUACAUGCUGAAAGGGGAGUCAAUCAGGUGUGUCAUCCGCAUGGAAGGCUAAAUAAACAAUAAUGAAUAAUAUAGAAUAGCCUCUGGCUUGGGAGCAUUGUGUUUCUUUCUGAUCAUGAUCCAAAUCCCAUCAGUGAAUAGAAGUAAUAAAAGUUUUCAGAAUAAGAGUGCCUUUCUUGGCUGUUUAUAUUGUGACUUUUGUGUCUUGUAUCGAAUAUAAGCAGUAUGAGCCUUGACGAGUCAUGGUUCACUUGUCAUAAAUAAAAUUUAACACUUCAAAA